AUGGACACUGCAAAAUUGGCGAAGCUGCAGGCUCAGGCUGCGGCAAACAGGAUCGGUGGGAAGGGGACGAUGCGCCGCAAGGUAGUGCGGAAAACCAAGCCGUCCAAUGCUCAGGACGACAAAAAGCUUCAGGGCGCGCUCAAAAAAUUGAACGUGCAGCCGAUCCAGGGUGUUGAGGAGGUGAACAUGUUCAGGGAGGAUGGGAAUGUCCUGCACUUCAACGCGCCAAAAGUGCACGCUGCUGUCUCUGCCAACACGUUCGCGAUCUACGGUGCCGGUCAGGUUAAGGAGCUCACUGAGCUCGUCCCUGGCAUUCUCAACCAGCUCGGCCCCGACUCCCUCGCAUCGCUUCGCAAGCUCGCCGAAUCGUACCAGGCCAUCCAGCAAGGCCAACAGAGGCAAGCCAAUGCAGGCGCGGAUGACGAUGACGACGACGUUCCUGAUCUCGUCGAGAACUUCGAUGUGGAGGAGGCUGCGAAAGAGAGCAACACUCUCGAGGAACUCAACUAA